CAGAAAUCAAUAUAGUUGUUCUAUCCAUCGAAUACUCUACCUCUUUCCUUUCCCUGCACUCACAAUGGCCACUGCCACUCAAACUGCUCUCUUCGGACCUGACCUCUACCCUCCCAUUGAGAAGGUAUCCGGUCAGCUCUCUGAAGACAUGAAGAUCGUGACUGAGCUCCGUAAGAGCUGGAAUCCCACCAUUGGCUUGCAAUUGUUCGAUGCUCGCAAUCCCGUGGGCAUCUACGACGCACACAUGCGGGCGGCCAUCUUCCAGGAAUGUCUGGCCUGGACCCGUUGAAGGACCUUCCUGAUCCCGAGCUCCUCGCUACGGCAGCUCCCAGCCGUCUGGCCUUUCUGCCUCGUGGUGAAUACCUCCUUCGUUGCUUCCGAGAAUCGUUCCCCGAUGUCCCAGACAUCCCCUUCUGGCACGCCGUGGCAGAGCAAGUCUACGGCUUCGCCUGGUGUCUGGUAGACAACACCAAGCUCUGCCACCAGUGCGUAUGCAGGAGCUCCACCGCCGGCGUACUGGCCUGUUUCCCAGACUACCUUCACUUCCUGGGCGACUUACCCGUGGUGCUGGACAUCUGCACGCAGCGCGUCAGCGAGUACAUUGAGCACGUCCACCGAGACUACGGGCCCGGGCCACAUCGCAAGAUCAUGGACGCCUGGCUGAUGUGCAACCAAUCCGUGUAUCUAGACGUGCUGCACCCCAAAGCGACACAGUUGAAGUUCCCCGACGAUGAGCGGCGCAGCAUCAGCUACCGGCUGAUCAACUCGGCGGGCCGUGCAUUAGCCCUGCAUGCGCAGCUGGAACAGCCGCUGAUCGGCACGGACGAGGAAGUGGAUGCCAUUUCGUUUGCAUCCACUGUGAUGCAUGAUGUCUGCGACUAUCGACAUGAUAAUACUGCUAAAGAGUAUUACAAUCUGUUGACGAUUGUCAGCGUGCACCAAGGAGUGCCGAGCACAGCCAUGGUGCGACGGUUUUGCAUUGAUGUGUGGGCGUGGGCGCUGGACAACGGCGCCCUGUGGGCCAUUCAUCUGGCAGGCCGCGACUUGGCCUGGCAGAUUUACAUGGCGCGGUAUCAGAACGGGUUGUUGCUGGACAAGCUGAUGCCUCCGCGCAAGAAUAGUCCCGGGUCUGAUGUGGACCCGUACGGCGAUGCGGUGCUCAAUGCCAUGAACCCGAUGCUGAAGGCAGUGGGACGCAGCGACCAGCCAGGGAGCUAUUCGUUGCGAGACCGGUGCCAGAACCCGCAACGCUACGAUGAGCUGCUCCAGCACUGUGUCCGACAUUUCAAGGAGUGUCCGAGAUGCUGGGGCUACGAUGCGAUGACCUGGCAGGAGCGGGUGCCGGCCAUCGGAAAGGCCUAUGAGAAGAAGUAUACGGACUGCAGCUGCAUGAACAUCAUCAGUGCGUAUAUGAUUCUCACCUCGCCCGAUCGGCUGUGGUGGUUGGCGGAUCCAACUGCUGAGUAUACUGGACCUCAGGAGAAAUGGUCGGCGCUGCUGUGCUAGACGUCUGAUUAGGC